AGCAAAUCCGCCUCCUCAAACAGCACAUGUUUUCUUAGAAAAGUGGUUCUCAUCCACAUGGCGAGUGGGACGAGUUGACGGGGAAUUUGACGCAUUUACUCCGGCCAAGAGACACAGGGAUAUUUUGCUUCACGCAUGUCUUUUUACACCCUCAGCGCCUCGCCUCGCCUCGCCUCGCCUCGCCACGCCUCGCCUCUCCUUUAUCUCCCCGCAUUUUGGUGUGUCUCCCACCCACGGCCACUAAGAAGAGGCUUCUUUAUUUUAUUCUUCUUCGUUCUGCCAUGCCAUGGUGCUCUCUCUUGCUCUCAUCACAUUUUUCCAUAAUUUUUCAACGGUAUCUUCUUAUGACAAGUUUAGGAUGAUAUAGUAUGAAAAAAUGGGAAAUGGGAAGUCAAGUCCAAAUACUUCGGCAAAGGCACAUGUGCAUCAACCUUCUUUCGAAGCGAGUGCUCCUGUGGGUCAUGGUGGACAUAAACAGAUGUCUUCUUUCAUUGCUGAUCAUUUCAGCUCACUUGAGCAGGUAACUUCUGCUUUGAGAGACUCUGGCCUCGAAUCAUCAAAUUUGAUUAUUGGAAUUGAUUUCACAAAAAGCAAUGAGUGGUCUGGGAAAUUCUCAUUUAACAAGAGAAGUCUUCAUGCCAUCGGAGCCACACCUAACCCCUAUGAGCAAGCAAUUUCUAUACUUGGACGUACAUUGUCUCACUUUGAUGAGGAUAACUUGAUUCCUUGCUUUGGGUUUGGUGAUGCUUCGACACAUGAUCAGAAUGUGUUUAGCUUUUUCCAGGAUCACCGAUACUGUCAUGGUUUUGAGGAGGUUCUGGCUCGAUAUAGGGAGAUUGUUCCUCAUUUGGCAUUAUCAGGUCCAACAUCCUUUGCUCCUAUAAUUGAGGCAUCUAUUGAUAUUGUGGAGAGAAGUGGGGGGCAGUAUCAUGUCCUUGUGAUCAUUGCUGAUGGGCAGGUGACUAGGAGUGUCAACGUAGACCCUGGAAGUUUGAGUCCACAAGAGCAUGCAACUAUAGAUGCCAUUGUGGCUGCAAGUGAGUACCCUCUUUCGAUAGUUUUGGUUGGCGUGGGUGAUGGACCAUGGGAUGGAAUGCGGCAGUUUGACGAUAACAUUCCCUGUAGGGCAUUUGAUAAUUUUCAGUUUGUAAACUUCACAAAGAUCAUGUCUGAAAACCAAGCUUUAUCCAAAAAAGAAGCAGCAUUUGCUCUGGCUGCUCUCAUGGAGAUUCCCUUUCAAUUUAAAGCCACUCAGCAGCUUGGAUAUCUUGGACGACGUAAAGGCAAGGCAUCACGUUUGAGUCCCCUUCCACCACCACCUCAAGUAAUUGCUCAUGAUGAUGCCAUCAAUGUGUACCCACACACCACCAAUUUCCAGUCUACUUCCCUACAUAAUAGCAACGAUGAUACAACCACGGGGCCGGUUUGUCCCAUAUGCUUGACAAAUCAAAGAGACAUGGCUUUCGGCUGCGGUCACCUGACAUGUUCCGAGUGUGGUGCCUCUCUAUCGUUGUGCCCCAUAUGUCGGAGGCCUGUAAGCACACGCUUGAAGCUCUACUCCUAGGCCAUUGUGAAGGAGCCUGACCUCCUCGCUAUAGGGUUAGAUCCUGGCUCCUUAUUUCACGGGUUUGUAGUAUAAUGCUUUGGUUGAUCAAGAUGUGUUUGAAAACGGACAGUUCAAAAGCAUGUGUACAUAUGGCUUGUGGUGACUGAUUACUUUAAACCUUUAAUGAAUUAUUGCAAGUAGAUAAAUGAAGAUGGGGUGGUUUCUAUUGCAAGAGUGAGCAUAAAAUGUGUAUCUAUGGUUCGUGGCACUGAAGCCUUCUAUAAUGAAUUAUUGCAAGUAGAGAGAGAAUUCCGUGGUUUUUAUUGC